CUGGGUAGUGAAAUGUUUAAGAGCCACUUCCAGGAACGCAGCGUAUAAACGGUUUCCGAGAACUGUCCACCAAUACAGAGCCAACAAGUGCCACGGCCAGUAAGGUGUUCUUGUGUGUGUGAGAGAGCGGCGUGUCGGUGUGCGCCUGUGCCUGCGUGUGUGAGUGAGAGCGAGAGAGGGAGUGAGAGAGAGUUAUCAACAUAGAGUGGACCUUAAAAACAGCAUCUAGAGGUGAUUUGUAUCGUGAUUUGGAAGAUGAUGCCCCAGGCGCAGCUCGUGCUGCUCCUAAUGCUGCUUGCAGGAUGCCGAGGCGGCGCUAACGCCGUUCUGGACCCCGGCUGGGUAAUUCCCGCUAAGGUGGAGGAGCUCAUCGGCGGCGACUUUAACCUUAGCUGCACCAUCAACGAAGAUUAUUUCAAAGGCAAAGGCCCGGAACACUGUCCCGUGAAUGAAUUAUACUUCACGGGAGGAGGUCAAAUAUACCGCGACGCGAAUCAUAUCCGGAUUGUGAACAACACCACCAUCAUGUUCAGCGUCACAAACGCCGUGGAGCAGGAAAAUGAUUACCUGUGCAUGUGCGGCGAAUAUGUGAUCAACAAAUCAAAGGUUUACGUGGGCACCAGUCCGCUCGAGGUACCCGAUUUUAAUUGCCUGGACUACGACUUCCAGUUCAUGGUGUGCAACUUCACCCAGCCGCCCAACAAAGUCAUCACCAAGUACAACAUCAGCUAUAAUACCAACAAAGAUUGGCGCUAUAGCAACACCCUGGACUGCAACUUCGAUUCGGCGCCGGUGGUUACUUGCAAUCUGACUGAUGAUAACUAUAAGCGAUUUAGCGAGAUCUUCUACUUCAGGCUGUUAAUCUCAAAUGCGUUGGGUCAAAAAACACAGCCAAUAACGAUAAAUCAUUUCGAACGCUUAGUGCCGGCGCGACCUGGCCAAAACCUGACCCUGGUCAACAAGACCGAAAGCUCGGUGUGUCUGACAUGGGAGAUGCCCCGGCGAUCCAACUACAACCGUGGUCUGACCUGGCAAGUACUCGUCACGCCCGAAAAUUUUAAGCCCAUCACAAGGCCUAGCUGGCCAAACAAUACCAUGACGAUCAAGGACACAAUCUGCCUCACGGAACUGCCCUAUGCCGGCUACAACUACAAGCUGCAUUUGCGCGUGCGCGCUAACCAAAACAAUACGUUAUGGAGCGAACCGUUAAUCUAUGAUUUUGCCACCGCUCCAGAGCGUCCACGACGUCCGCCCCGCGUCACCUAUGGCAGCUUUUACGUUUACUCCUCGGAGGAGGGCAUGCGCUUCUACUGGGAACCACUCGAGGCACACGAGCUCAAUGGGCCGGACUUCAAGUACAUAAUCAGUGAAUACCGAAUCAACGGGACUGCCGUGGAUCCUGGCCUUAUUAAGGUGGAAUCGAACUCAGCGAUGAUUGAUCACUGGAACAUGAACGCCGUCCACCAAUUCCUCAUUCGCAGUAGCAAUAGCGAGGGAUUGUCGGUAAAUGCGACACCGAUGACAAUUGGCCCAAUAAGCAACCGGGACUUUAAGCAGCGAGUUCCCAAAAAUAUUCGAAGCGUUUACCAUUCGACAAAUAAGAGCUACACGCUCAGCUGGGGUCCACCGGAGGACCAGGCGGAGCUAACAAACUACACAGUAUUUUGGUGUGUACCCAAACCGGGUCUAUUGUCAGAGUGCGAGGGAUCAAUACGCUUCGCGGAAGUGUCUAGUGGUCAUUUGCAGUUCACCACAGCGGUGGAUCAAUUGCCAACAUUGCACAUGGCCGUGUCGGCCAACUAUAGAUCGCACAAUACAGGACUACGAUGGUUGAUCUGCAGCAGUGAUAAAAAGGAUGAUCUGGCCAAGAUGGAGCCCUCGAUCGAUGUGGCUACCAGCACCUCGCUGACAGUCAGUUGGGGCACGGAACGCGUUUGUGCUGUAAUCCUGGCCGGCUACAAUCUGACCUAUUGUCAACGGUCAGCCGGACGUCCAGAUAAUUGCACCACAGUGACCAUCGAUCGUUAUACCAACAAGCAUGUCAUUCAGAACCUGGUACCUUAUACGGAUUACAGUGUCAAGAUGCUCAUGUAUUCGGAAUCACGGGCCAGCAAGUACAGUGACGAGUUGGUAAAUCGUACCGGUGAGGCGGCACCUAGUCAGCCACGGGAGCUGCAGCUGCUGAGGGUGACAAGCGCCAGUGUUGAGCUAGCCUGGAAGCCACCGCUACUGGCCAAUGGCGUUGUGCGCGCCUAUGAAGGCUCUUUUCGUUCGCUCCACGACAAUGUUACCGAGACCUUCCACCGGGCUGCAUCCGCCGACGAGCUGGUGGACAAUGAGAAGCCUAUUAUCUUCCGACUGGGCAAUCUUACAGCUUUCACGAAAUACGAGGUGAGCGUGCGAGCGCGGACCCUGUAUCCCUCAGAACCCAGCAAUGUGAUACACUUCAUCACAGCUAUCGGAGUUCCUUCGCCGCCAUCGCUUCAGGUGACCAAUAAUCAGGACCAGAGCUCACGACUUGACUGGAGGCCGCCCAGGAUUCCGGCUGGCCGUGUCGAUUUCUACGAGAUCUCACUGCGCGACAACAACGCCAGCUGUCUGAUGAGCACCAUUCUGCCGGGCUACAACCGUUCCUAUGUCAUGGCCACACCUCGCUGCACCAGUCACAAUCCCUUCCAGCUGGCAGUGCGGGCCAUUAAUGUUGAGCAGCAUGCGCAGUUUGAUGGAGCAGAUGGUGCGGAAGGUGCCGUUCUACUGAUGUCGGCUACUGGUCAAGGGUGUAAGGCAAGGACAGACGCACUUGGCGAGGAAGAGCGGCUGCAGUUUGAGGCCUAUGCUGGCAAUAUGUCUGCCUAUCGGCUCUACAAAUCCGACUGGGGCACCUACGGGUUCAUCUGUACACCAGACACGCACAGCGUGAAGGCCAUGUACCAGACCAUAGAGGUAUCAGUGGCAAUCGUUGUGCUGGGCGUUAUCUUUUAUCUAGUGUACAAGAAGUACCGCAAGAUGUCUGAUAUCGACCUUGUGCUGCCGCAGGGAAUUAUAGAGACCCUAAAGAAGCCGAUGGACAUGGGCGGAAUGGGCUUGAGCAUCGGUCCAGAUUCGUCUGUUAGCGGAGGCAUCGUUUGUACUCGGGUCGAUGAUUCACCACACUACACGCCUCAGGAUCUACCGCACGACUUCAGCAGCUGCGGCAGUGAGAGUUCCAAGUUACUGCUGCGCACAGCAUCCUCCUCAGGUGGCGGUGGUUGUACGGAUCGUGAUGGAUACGACGAUCAUCAGGAUAAUGGACCCAUUAGCGCAGUUGGCCCCCCCACCAGCUAUUUGGCAAUGCGGCACGGUCUGCUUAUUCAAAAUGACAGGGAACGGGAAAGGGAUCGUGAACAGGAAAGGGAGCGUGAGCAGCAACAGCAGCGGGAAAGCGAAAUGGAAAGGGAGCGAGAGCAAAGGAACACCAAUGGGUAUAUCAAGCCAACCCAGAUGAAGAGUUGGGUAGACAACGGCCCUUGCGAUAAUGAUCACGCCUUUUCUGUUCCUUCAACCGGGAUGUCACCUGCUCCGAUAUCCUUGCCAUUAUCCCAGAUUCCUCUCAGCGGCUAUGUGCCAGUACCCAUUCCACAGUCACGGCUCAAUCCAGCUCCAGUUCAACCCUUUGCACCAGCACCCGUACCGUCCGCGGCUACCGCUGCCGCUGCGUCCGCCUUCUUCCCGCCAGCCCACUUGCUGAACAUGGAUAACUAUGUGCAGGCCUCGGAUUUGCACAAACUGAAGCCCCUCGUUGCAGCUCCAUUGUCACCAACUGGAGGAGCAGUCUUUGCGGGAUCUUCGCCAAUAGCUUCGCCACCACUCCAGCUUCCACCAGUCGGAACAACCGUUUCAACUGCACCCACGCCUAAAAUGGCCGACAUCGGCUACACCACCAUGGAGCAGCUACAGCGUACUGGGCUGAUAAAGCCUCCAUUGCCCACCAACGUGGGAUCCCCGACGCACGCUGGUGGAGUGACACCAACCGGCGGAAAUCAGCACACUCGCCUUCAGCCACAGAUAAAUGGCUAUGUGACGCCCCAGGAUCUGAAUGCCUUGGCUCACAAUAGGCACGUCCUCUAAGAUGCGCACUCACUCACGACGUGACAUUUUAACAAUCCCUCGCGUUCGCAUCCAUCAUUCAAUUCAUCUCAAACUGCAUCCCCCCUUCCAACGCCAUGAUCAGAUUAGAUCACAUCCGGAACUCGAAACCCGGAAACCAGAGCAAGGAACCUAGAACCUGGAUACUGGAUAAUUUUACCACUGUCGGGCAGCUGUUUAUAGUAAUUAGUGGAAACUUCUCCAACGAAUGUGUAGUUCUUUCGUUUGUAAUUUAUUUUGUAUUCUUUUGCGAUGCGUGUGAGGCAGAAAGUAUUUGUAACGCUAUAGUAUUUUUUUUAUAUAUUCGUACUGUACACCUACCAACUUAACCAUCCGCGCGACGAGCAAAUCGAGCUUAUAAUAUUAAUAACCUAUGUAUACCAUACGCACAUCGCUGUAUGUCAACAUAAAGCUAAUUUUAAAUGAGUUUUUAAA